CUGGCUGCUCAAAGUCUAAGUCGUACAGACAGAGCGUUACUUGACGGCAGCCAUGACGGACCCUACCCCUCGUUUGCGCAUCGCGUUUAUACACCCUGACCUGGGGAUUGGUGGUGCAGAACGUCUUGUUGUUGAUGCAGCUCUUGGUCUACAAAAACUCGGACAUUCAGUCGACAUAUAUACAUCACAUCACGACCCGACACAUUGUUUUGACGAGACCCGGGAUGGGACUCUGAGGGUGCAUAACGUCGAGCCACCUUUCCCUCGAGCUAUCAAGGGCAAAUUCCACAUACUCCUAGCCCACCUCCGUCAACUCCACCUCACCUCCCGUCUCGUACUCUCUUCACCACCAUCAUCAUCUACACCCUCAUCCAAGUCCUCACCCACAAUUCCAAAGGAUAACUCACUCGCGAAACAACACGACGUCUACUUCGUCGACCAACUCUCCACCUGCGUCCCCCUCCUCCGUCUCUUCGCAGGCCGAAGAGUCGUCUUCUAUUGUCAUUUCCCCGACAAGCUACUUGCGAAUGGGGAGUUUAGUGAGGAUGUGGGUAAGAUGAGGAUGAGAGGCGGGUGGUUGAAGAGGGUUUAUCGAAUGCCGAUGGAUUGGGUCGAGGAGGUCACGACGCGCCAGGCAGAUAUGAUUUUGGCGAAUUCGAACUUCACCGCUAGGGUCUUCAAGUCUUAUUUCCCUUCAAUACCGGCAACUCCACGCGUCGUUCAUCCUGGCAUCAAUCUCUCUGCGUAUGAUAUGCAGAUCGAUAGGUCAGACCCGGACAUACAGCAGAUUAGCUCCGAUCGCCCAACUCUCCUCUCCCUCAACCGCUUUGAAAAGAAGAAAAACGUCGCACUCGCCAUCACCUCCUUCGCCCUCCUCCGCAAAUCUCUUGCCGCCUCACCCACCUCCACCUCAACAUCCUUUACCAACUCCCGCCUCGUCAUCGCCGGUGGCUACGACCCCCGCGUCGAGGACAAUAUGAUGACCCUCGUCUCCCUCAUCGACCUCGCCAAAUCGCAUUCCCUCUCCUACACCAUCCUAACCCCUUCAGACUCCAAGGUCACCAUUCCGCCCUUCAACACCACGCCCUCCAACCCCGACAUCACCUUCCUCCUCAAUUUUACGACAGCACAGAGGUCGGCCUUGCUGACUUCUCCAUCUACGCUUGUUCUACUUUACACACCCACAAACGAGCACUUCGGCAUCGGACCCGUCGAAGCCAUGGCCUGCGCCCUCCCCGUCCUCGCCUGCUCCUCCGGCGGACCCGUCGAGAGUGUAGUCCAAUUCCCAGCCUCUGAACGAACGGGAUGGUUACGCGAGCCCGAGGCGGGGGUGUGGGCGGAGGCGUUGGAGGAGAUUGUGGGGAUGGGUGCGGAUGAGCGGAGGGAAUUGGGGGAGAGGGCGAGGAGGAGGGCGAGGGAGAAGUUUGGGAUGGAGGCGAUGGCGAGGGAUUUGGAGGGCGUUGUGAGGGAGGCGGCGCGGAUGGGGGAGGUAAGGUGGGGGGAUGUUGUGGGGUGGGGUAUGGGAGAGGGGACCGCGUUGAUGGCGUUGGUGGUGAUAUUGAUUGCAGCAUUCGUAGCGAGGGAUGCAGGUAUUAUGUAGAGGGUUGAGCAUUUGUUACCAUGCUAAAGUUUUGAAUACCAUAAAUUACUCAUCACCCG